AGUAGCAAUGAUCUUUAUAUUAUGCAAACUCAUUUAUGAAUUAUGAAUUUUCCAAGUAGAAUAUUAAAUGAUUAUUGGAAAAUGCAAUCUAAGAUUGAUACAUGUAUAUAAAAUGCAUGCGUAUUAUUGUGAAGCUCAUUUAGACCAUUGUCAAAAAUAGAAAUAAGUUUUUCUAAUAUUAGAGAUAUUGUAUACAUCAUUGAGAAAGAAAGAAAAAUAAUACUAGGGAUAAAUUAGGGAAACUGUAUACAUCAUUCAUGGUAUUAGAAAUUUACUUUUUUGCUAUUGCCUAAAUAUUAUUUGAUAGUCAUCAAUUUGAUAUGCUUUUGUUUAUAAUGAUGCAAAUGUGUCACUGACUUCAUUUCAUAAUUUAGUUUAUUAUUCUUUACUUUUAUGUAUUACUAUUUGUAUAUUAUGUUAUAGUUAUGCAUUUGACAUGUUAUAGUAUUCUUUUCACAUUUAUUUGAUUAUAUACAUUUAGUUAAUAAUACGUGUGUGCAUAAAAAAAUAUAGUGAAUUUAUUGAAGUUGCAAUUAAAAUGAUGUUAGAUACUUAAACUCUAUAUUAAAUAACAUGAAAGAUUGAUACACAGUGAAUUGGCAAAUUUAAUAUGUGAUUUAUAGAAUACGAAUAGUUUGUAUUGCAAUUUUAUAAAAUUCAUCGCGUUAAUAGAAUGAAAAAGAAACAUUUUUGUUUCCAUUAAUUUUUUCUUUUCUAUUAUGCAAUAAAUUUAAUUUAAUUUUCAACAAGCUUUACAGUAUUAAUUAAACAAAAGGAGAAAGAUAAAUAUAGUAAAUGGUCUACUUUUUUUCUUUUUUUUUUUUUACAUCUUUCUAUAUUUACAAAUUGUCUGUUUAGAUGUUUGGUAAAUCACUUGAUUUACUAAAUCAUAAAUAGAUCAAUUAUCUAGCAAUUUUAUGUCAUAUAGAUCGCAUUUUCUAAUAUAUAGACGAAGAUAACGACUGAUUUAAUUUGGAUUUCAAAAAAACAUGUAAAUUUUUUUUUUUUUUUUUUUAUAUAUAUAUUUUUAAAUUCUUUUUAAUUUUUCUUUAAUUUUAAUACUAUUUGGUAAUUAUUAUAGUGUAUAUGAUUUUUAUUAUCACAAAAAUUUGUUUUUGUUAGUAUUUGUUUGUAAUAAAGGUAUGAUAUAUAUUAGAGAUAGUUUUUUUCAACUAAAAAGAAACAAUAUAAAUUUAUUUAAUAGCAAAUAAUUGCAUAUUUCAACAUUGUACGACAGGUUUAAUAGAUUACGAUUAUUAUUAAUAUUUGGAUCACAUGUGGUUUAAUAACAAAAAUUCCCUUUUAUAACGCCAAAAGAAACAUACAAUAGAAAUUUGUUUCCAAAGAUUGUAUUGGUCACGCACUAAUGUUUUUUCUAUAGCACUACAUGAUGUGUUCAGGAACUUAAAAUUGUAUAGUAUGUAUAGGGCUUCCAAAAAAAGAAUACUCUAAAUGUUAGAGUAGCAGAGUGAAGGAGAAAAGAGCGAAAAAAAAUUUUCUAUAUAUUUUUUACAUAUAAGAGUAUUUCAGAUAACUAAAUUUUUGAGGUCUUCAUAAAAAAAAUAUGGUACAUAUAUACUAUAUUUUUGCAUAUAUAUUUUAUUAUAUACAGAUUAUUAUAUCAAAAUAAUAUGAAACGAUGAACUGCCCCCGAAUUAUACAUAUAAACAUAAAAUAAUUUAUAGAUUUUUCUUAUAAAUUGUUUUAUGCACUAUGUGAAAAGAUACAGUGAAAUGUAAGUGCCUUAAUUGAGAAUUUCUUAGUAAAAUGUAAUCAUAGGUUUGAAAAUAUAAUGAAUACAAUGUAACAAAGUGAUAUCUAAUAAUAACAUUCAAAUUUGGAAUGAUAUUUUGAUUAAUAUUGUUAUUAAGGAAAAAGAAAACAAUAGAUUAUUAAUGCUUCUUAAACAAAAAUGAAGAAGCUGCUGCUUCAUGUAAUAUGAUAUCAUUUUUCACUUAUAAGAUACAUGCGUGUGUAUAUAUCAUUAUAUAUAUAUAUAUAUAUAUAUAUAUAUAUAUAUAUAUAUGUGCGCACGCACGCACACACACACACACACACACAUACAGAAUACUUCUCCGAAACUAUUUCAGUGAUAAGAAAAAAUUUCUAUUUUAUAAAAUGUUUAUGCAACUUGAAAUAUUUUUUUGAGAAAAGAGAAUAUUGUACUUUUGGCCAAUAUAAAAAAUUAUUGGCAUGGACAUUAAUGAGAAUAUGUUAAUGAUGCUAAGUAAAUAGGAAAUAGUGAUUUUUUUUUGACAAUCAACAUGUUUUUCGAUUCCAUGGCUGUCUUAAUAAAGAUAUAAUAUUUUGGGGUCUAAUAUUUGUUUAUUUCUUAUAUGCCUAUUAAUUAUUUAUGGAAGAAGAUAAUAUUUCAAAUGAAAUAAUAAUUUAUUCAAAUUCUACAAAUCAAAUUCAUCAUAUGAGAUUAUUCAACAAAAUGAUGGAUUACCACAAAUAGUAUGUGUACGAUGCUUAGGAACUUUGGAAUUUCUAUGUGAUUUUUAUGACCUUUGUCAUCAUACUCAAAAAAAGCUGUUAACUAAUCAAAUUAAAAUUGUAAAAGAUGUAAUCAAUGUAGUUCACAUGGAAAACGAUGCCGAAUCUGAUAAAGAAAAUGCUUUUCCUUCUCCUAGAAAAUAUCAUCAAUCAAGUAGUUAUAAAAAUCGUUCAAAAAGUGAAUUAGAUCAAUCCAAUGUUUGUUCAGUUGAAAAUUCAAACAGUUUUGUUACUGUCAAACAAUCAAAUAUAAAGGAAGUAAAUGAAUUAAACGAUAAAAGAAAUUGCAGUAACGUUACAAAAUCGGAGAAAAGUUUUUCUUCAAACGAAAAGCCAUUGAUCAAACUUUCUCAAAAAUCUUCAACAAAUGUUAAAAUAGAUAAAAGUAUAAUAAGUAAUCAGUGUGAAAAAGAAAAUAGAAUGAGAAAAGUAACAUUAAGAAAAACAAGAAGUGCAAGUAAUCAGAUUAAUUCUUCCUUGAUCAAAAAAACAAGACGUAAAAGUUAUAUUGAUAAAUCUUUAAGUGAUUCCCUUAAUCUUAAAAGACUCAACAAUGUAAAGUCAAGAGUAAUACCAUCUCAUGACGAUACAAAUACAACCAAAGCUGAUAUUCCGUCCAUGUCUAACACUAAAGAGUCUUCCAAAGAAUCCUGUAUUAGUGAAAAUCAAUCUAUUAUUCAUUCAAACAAAAUAGAAGUAUUAUGCAAUAAAAACCAUGAUAAUAAUAAAGACAGUAUGGAUAAUAACAAUAUGCACGAAGAGAACAAAAAUAAUUUAUCUAAAAAAGUGAAAUGCCAUUCAAGUAAAAGUAAUAUGACUGAAAUAAAAAAAGAAAAUUCUGAUGAUGUUAUACCACAUAAAAUACAAGUUUUACAAUCAAAUCAAUUUGUGUGGGCUUCUAAUGAUACAUUAUUACAGGAACCAUAUAAGCCAAAAUCUGAGAAAGAUGAAAUUGUAUUGAAUACAAGUCCUCCACCUGGAGAUGAAGCAGAAUCAAGUCAACAAAUUAACGCAAAUUCGAUAGUGAAUCAUAUUCACAUAUCCAAAGCUGCUUCGAUUUCUAAAUCCAUAAGAAAUAGUAAAUGUCCUACAGAACAAAUGCAAACACAAGUUUCAAACUCUUCAUUAGAAGUACCUAAUGAAGUACAAUUACAAAGAGAAAAAAUACAACAUAAUUCUGAAAAAAAUAUAUCUUCAGAAACAUCUCAACAAUUAGAGCCUAAGAAUAAUUUAAAUGAACGGUACAGAAAAAAUGGAAAAUUUGGGAAAAUUUCUGAAUUAAUAAGCGACGAGCAGAAAAUAGAAAUUGAGAAAUACUAUAAAGUAGAUAUGUCAGUUGUUGAUUCUAACAUUGUUGAACAAAAUCUAACAGUUACUGAUAAAAGAACUAUUCAGUGUAAUAUUUGUGGAUUAAUGUAUCCUAGAUUGGACAAAUGUCAGGUUCAUAUUUGGGCUCAUUUAAAAAUGAGACCCUAUAAAUGUACGGCUUGUGAUUUUUCAACAGUAACUAUAAGCAAUGUACGUUGCCAUAUUAGAAAACGUCAUUUAAAAAUAAAACCGUUUGCGUGUCAUCUCUGCGAAAAACGAUAUGUCACUGCAGUCCUUUUGGAAGAACAUUUAAAUACUCAUACAGGUGCCCGACCAUUCAAAUGUAAGAUUUGUGAUUUUGCUAGUUGUAGUCGUCAAGUAUUGAGUUACCAUAACACGACACAUAAACCAGUAAAGGAUAUACAUUGCAAUGUUUGUGGAAAAGAAUUUUAUUCAAGAGGGAGAAUGCGAGCUCAUAUGCUUAUUCAUAACAAAGAUAAAGUUGUGAUGUGUAAGCUUUGCUCUGCUUAUUUAUCUAAUGAAACAGCAUUAGAACAGCAUAUGAAAAAUAUUCAUACACGUGAUUAUACAUGCAAUAUUUGUGGAAAAGUUCUAAAAUCCAGAAAAACAUUGCUAAAUCAUAAAAAUGUCCAUGCAGCUGCUAAAUAUAAAUGUGAUUUAUGUCCUAAUGUAUAUAAAAGCAGUCAUAUAUUAAAAGAACAUCUUUUAAAACAUGAAGGCAUUAGAAAGUAUAAAUGUAACAAUUGUGAAAAAUCUUUUGCUCAACAAUCGCAUCUUGCUGCACAUAUGGCAGUACAUAGUGAAAUAAGAUUCCAUUGUCCUGGUUGUAACAAGGCUUUCAAUCGUCGGGAUAAUAUGAAAAUACAUACCAAACGUUGUAAAAGCUUUUUAGCCAAUCCUGAAUUAAAAAAUCUUUUAAAGAACAAAGGAAGGACUAAAUAUAUUAGAAAGACUAAUGAUUACGAUACUCUUAACACAUCUAUGAAUACAGAUAAGAAGAGUAAUGGAUCAUUAAUUUCGAAAUCUGAAGAGACUGCCAAUAAUGUGAUAUCCAAAGAUAUUAAUAAAGAAAAAGAUAGUAAUAAUCAACAGAACAUUAGUCAAUAUGUAUAUAAUGAAAAUGUACAAAAUAAUGAUACAAUCAAAAGUUUGGAAAAAAUGAUCGAAUUACCUGGAUCAUCGACUGAAGAUUUAUAUAUUUUACAAGAAAACAGUACUGUGAUUCAAAAUGUGCUGAGAUCGGAUUGUUUUUAAUAUAUAUAUUUUUUUUUUUUUUUAAAUAAUAAUUUUCCAGAAAAUGUGUCUGUUUAUGUAAUAAUUAUUUUAUAAGAUAUUAUAAUAAGGUAUUAAUAUAAUUAUUAAUAAGUACAAAUGAGAAACGCGAGACUGUAUGUAUGUGUGGUUGCGCGCGCGUGUGUGAAACUAAAAUAAUAUUCUAAAGAGAAAAUACAUUGAGUUUUCUUUGUUAUUACAAAGUAAAUAAAAUAAUCAAAAAUAGUAAAAACCAUUUUUAUAAAAGAAGAAAUAUGUUAUAUACAUAUUUUCUUUUUUGCAGUAUUAUAAUAUAGUUUCACAUUAUUUUUAAUUAUUAUUAUAUAUCAAUAUUGUAUAUUUCUAUAGUCAUAUUUUUGCAUGUUUUAUUAUAAACGGAGUAUUAUUAUGCAAAAUGUUUAUGUGGGAGCAAGCAUUUCCAUUUUAUACAAGUAGACAUUCAUAACCUAAAGACCCAAUUUUUUUCACGAAUCCUAUACAUAUAUUAUACAUAAAAAAAGAAUAUUUAACUUAAUUUUUCAUGUCUGUAUGUGUGCGUGCGUGUGUGUAUAUAAACAACAUAACUUCUUUAUACAAAUGCCACACUGAGAGUUCACAGCUUUGACAAGAACUAUUUUAUGAAAAAAACCAAAGAAAAUUCUUUGAUAUAUUACAUGGAAUACAAUAAUUUGUCACAAGCUGUUAACAAAGAGCGCACUUACGCUUAUUAGAAAUGCAACAUGAUAAGACUGAUUUAUACUGAUUUGUAAAUGAAUUUGUAAGAAAAUAUGAAGUUCCUAUGUAAACUAUUAAACUUGAAGAAGAAUAAUAGAAUAAUAUAAUAGUGCUAAUAAACAGUGAAUAAGUAAACAAUGUUAUAUUAAUACAUUGAUCGAAUAGAUUAUUGUAACGUGUGUUUGUAUAUUGUGUUAUAUACACGUGUGUGUGUGUGUGUGUGUGUGUGCAUACGUAUAUGUAUACCAUAUAUAUACCUCUUACUAUUAUUUCCGAGUAUCGAUUAUAUGCAACGAUUAUAAUUAUUUUAUUACCGAAAAAAAGAGAAUUUAAUAAACACAUUUAAUCUUA